AUGCGCAAACCUGGGUUCUACGACUGGAAAGAAGAUGAAGUACUACGCCAAGUCCUCGAAGCAGAGAAAGGCUUGACAAACUAUGUUGAUCCGCGAAACAACUUGGCCUUCUGGGCGCGUCCACCACAACAUGUACGGGGAUUGGUGUACAAGAUUCAACAGGAGAUUCGCCUUUCUUUGAAUGAACCCAGUCUUUGGUUCGUCCCAUUUGAGAACCUACACAUGACAACAUUGGAGAUCAGCUCCGAAAAGUCAAGUGGUCAAAUCCAAAAAUACAUUGAUACUAUCGAUGCGGAAGGAUGGCAUGAUCUGGCAAACUACACACUUGAUCACCGUGCUCGGCUGGUUAAACCCAUCAUCAGCUACGACACUUCUGCCAUUGCUUUGAGCUUUGUUCCUGCAUCUGGGGAAGAUGACAACACAGCAUACAGUGGAAAGGAUGAUAGUUAUACCUAUCACCAUCUACGCCGGGAUCUUUACGACAAGGUGACUACGAAGGGGGUUCCAAUAGCUGCUAGGUAUACUGUGCCCUCUGCGCAUAUCACCAUUGCUCGCGUUGUGAGACCCAAUACAACCAAAUUCAAGAACUUGGAUCCAACAGCAGUAUCUGAUGAUGUGGCGGCACAGCUAGUUGCUAAAAUUGAGGAUCUCAAUUGCGAACUCCGCUCCAAUGUGUGGAGACGACUGGGAGAUCCGUCGCAAGGCCAGUGGGUUGUUGGCCAUGAGAAGGGAUUGGAACUUAUCUGGGGUACCACAUGGUAUGGAAAAGGUGAGCGUGUUGUUUUAGGAGAAGGCUUUGUUUAG